AGUCCACGUGUUAAACGAGCUCAACCAACGCUGCGGGCCACAGGGAACAACCAGUGCAGGCCCAUUUCCGCUUGACGUGCCUGAUCUUGCCUCGGUCAUUUCCAGGACAUCGGUCUUCUACCCCGAUCUCACUCCAACUCACCACCACAGUUUGACGAGAAUGAACAACAUGCGCAUGCUGAACGAGGACGAGGAGAACGAUGAUGGCGUCGAGGUCACCUGGGAGGAUCAGCAGCGGAUCAACCAGUUCUCGAAAGUGAACAAUCGUCUGCGCAUGAUCGAGGAAAAGGUCGAGGAGCUCAAGCAAGAAAAAGAGGCACUAGACGACCUCUCGACCGAGCUCGAGCUCACAGACGAGGAUCAGAUUGUCCUGUACAAAAUCGGCGAAGCCUUCCUACAUCUUCGCCAGCCGAAAGCUCUCAAGCGACUCGAGCAAGACCAAGAUUCUCUCAACAAGGAGUUUGAGAAGCUGUCUUCGUCAGCGGAGGCAUGUGAGAAGGAGAUGAAGGAGCUCAAGGUCGUUUUGUACGCCAAGUUCGGCCGGUCGAUCAAUCUUGAUGAAUAAAAUCACAAGUCCUCUUUCCAAUCUAUGCGUUUAUUCUUGA